AUGAACACCGUUAUCCAACCCACCUUCGCCGCCUUACCUCCUCCGCUCUCUCAGUACUACCCUCCAAAACCACCACCGCACUCCUCUCUUUCUCUCUCUCCCUCUAGACCCAAACCCAAAACCCCCCUCAACUUCUCCACCUCUCUCCCUACCCAAUCCCUCCAACCCCUUUUCACCACUCCACACCCUCCCAAUCCCAAUGGCUCUCCCCAAACCCACUCUCUCUUCUCCCAUCUCCUCCAUCUGCUCCGCCUCUCUUCCCGCCACGCCGACCCCGAGCUCGCCAGGGCCGUCCACGCCUCCGUUCUCAAGCUCGAAAACGACACCCAUCUCGGCAACGCUCUUGUUUCGGCUUAUCUCAAGCUGGGUCUCGUUCCCGACGCUUACCAGGUCUUUCAGAGCCUCCCGUGCCCCAAUGUGGUGUCUUUCACCGCCCUCGUUUCCGGUUUUGCCAAGUCCGGCCGGGAAGAUGAGGCGGUGGAGCUUUUCUGUAGGAUGAGGAGGUCAGGUAUUGAGCCUAACGAGUACAGCUUUGUUGCAAUUUUGACUGCUUGUAUUCGGAUUUUGGACCUCGAAUUGGGUCUGCAGGUUCAUGCCUUGGCGGCUAAGAUGGGUUACUUGGAUUAUGUUUUUGUUUCCAAUGCCGUGAUGGGUCUGUAUGGGAAAUGUGGGUGUUUGGAUUAUGCGCUUAAGGUGUUUGAUGAAAUGCCUCACAGAGACAUUGCGUCUUGGAAUACUGUUAUGGCGAGUCUAGCGAAUGAGUUUAUGUAUGAUGAAGUGUUUGAAUUGUUCUGUGAAGUGUUGCGAGGUGAUGGGUGUGUAGCGGACUAUAUCACGCUUUCGACUGUUUUGACUGCUUGUACUGGUAGUAAUGCUUUCGUGGAAGGGCAAGAAGUUCACGCCUAUGCUGUCAAGACUGGUUUGGAGGGCAAUUUGAGUGUUGGCAAUGCACUUAUUGAGUUAUAUGGUGAGUGUGGGAGUGUAAAAGAUGUGGCUGCUUUGUUCGAGAGGAUGCAUGCGAGGGAUGUUAUUACUUGGACGGAGAUGAUUACUGCCUACAUGGACUUCGGGUUGGUGGGGUUGGCUGUGGAGAUGUUUUGCAUCAGAACUAUUAUAGUAUUGAACUAUUAUAGUUCAGAACUAUUAUAG